GCUGGUGCGGCCUCCCGCCCUGGGCGGCCGGAGCUCGGGGCGCCUCGGGUCAGCGCGCGCCCCUCCUCCGGACCUGAGUCACGGCGCCGCCGAGUCCCCACGCGAGGAUGCUGCGGUGAGCGCGGCCGGGACGCCGCGGGCUGGGGCGCAGCGUCCGGCUCUUCGCCGCCCAGCGCGCGGUCCCCUGCUCAGCCAGGCCCGCAUCCGCGCGCUCCCGGCCGGCCCCACCACGCCGCUCCCGUGCGCCCGUCCGCCUGCCGAGGCUCGGCACUGCUCGGCGGGCGGCAGCGGGGCCUGCGGCGCCCCGCGCCCGCCCGCGCGGCCCUCCAUGGCGUUUAUCCGGAAGAAGAGGCAGGAGCAGCAGCGGCAGCUCUACUCCAAGGAGAGGUUUUCCUUGCUGCUGCUUAACUUGGAGGAGUACUACUUUGAGCAGCACUCGGCUUGUCAUGUCCAGCACGAGGGCAGCCAUGAUGAAAAGAAAAUCAGAGGCUCCUUAAAAAUAUGUUCAAAAUCAGUGAUUUUUGAACCAGAUACAAUAUCCCAUCCCAUCAUUAAGAUUCCUUUGAGAGAUUGUGUAAAAAUAGGAAAACAUGGAGAAAAUGGAGCCAGUAGAUACUUUACAAAGGCAAAAUCUGGGGGAAUUUCACUCAUUUUCAGUCAGGUAUAUUUCAUUAAAGAACAUAAUAUUGUUGCACCAUAUAAAAUAGAAAGGGGCAAAAUGGAAUAUGUCUUUGAAUUGGAUGUUUCAGGGAAAGUAGAAGAUGUUGUGGAGACACUGUUACAGCUUCACAGAGCCUCCUGCCUUGAUAAACUGGGUGACCAAACUGCCAUGAUAACUGCCAUCUUACAAUCACGUUUGGCGAGGACAUCAUUUGACAAAAACAGAUUCCAGAAUGUUUCUGAAAAGCUGCAUAUGGAAUGCAAGGCAGAGAUGGUGACUCCUCUGGUGACAAAUCCUGGACAUGUGUGCAUCACAGACACUAACCUGUAUUUUCAGCCUCUCAAUGGGUACCCGAAACCUGUGGUCCAGAUAACACUCCAAGAUGUCCGCCGCAUUUACAAAAGGAGGCACGGCCUCAUGCCUUUGGGCUUGGAAGUGUUUUGCACUGAAGACGAUCUGUGUUCCGACAUCUACCUGAAGUUCUAUGAACCUCAAGAUAGAGAUGACCUCUAUUUUUAUAUUGCCACAUACCUAGAACACCACAUGGCAGAACACACUGCCGAGAGCUACAUGCUGCAGUGGCAACGAGGGCACCUGUCCAACUACCAGUACCUCCUGCAUCUCAACAACCUGGCCGAUCGCAGCUGCAACGACCUUUCGCAGUACCCUGUGUUUCCAUGGAUACUAAAUGACUAUUGCAGUGCACAACUGGAUUUGUCAAAUCCGGGAACCUUCCGGGAUCUUAGUAAGCCAGUGGGAGCCCUAAAUAAGGAACGGCUGGAAAGACUACUGACACGCUACCAGGAAAUGCCCGAGCCAAAGUUCAUGUAUGGAAGUCACUACUCCUCCCCCGGCUAUGUGCUGUUUUAUCUUGUCAGGAUUGCACCAGAGUAUAUGCUGUGCCUACAGAAUGGAAGAUUUGACAAUGCAGAUAGAAUGUUCAACAGUAUUGCAGAAACUUGGAAGAACUGUUUGGAUGGUGCAACAGAUUUUAAAGAGUUGAUUCCGGAGUUCUACGGUGAUGAUGUCAGCUUUCUAGUCAACAGCCUUAAGUUGGAUUUGGGAAAGAGACAAGGAGGACAGAUGGUUGAUGAUGUAGAACUUCCCCCGUGGGCCUCAGGUCCCGAGGACUUUCUCCAGAAGAGCAAAGAUGCACUGGAAAGCAGUUAUGUUUCUGAGCACCUUCACGAAUGGAUUGACCUAAUAUUUGGCUACAAGCAAAAAGGGAGUGAUGCAAUCGAGGCCCAUAAUGUAUUUCAUCCUCUGACCUAUGAAGGAGGUGUAGACUUAAACAGCAUUGAGGAUCCUGAUGAGAAAGUAGCUAUGCUGACACAAAUCUUGGAAUUUGGGCAGACACCAAAACAGCUGUUUGUGACACCACAUCCUCGAAGAAUCACUUCCAAAUUUAAAGCUUUGUCUCAAACCUCUAGUUACAAUGCUUCUGUAGCAGAUUCCCCAGUCUCUCCAGGUGAAGAGUCUUUUGAAGACUUGACUGAAGAAAGCAAAACUCUGGCCUGGAAUAACAUCACCAAGCUGCAGUUACAUGAGCAGUAUAAAAUCCACAAAGAGGCAGUUACAGGGAUAGCAGUCUCCUGCAAUGGGUCUUCAGUCUUUACAACAUCACAAGAUUCUACCUUGAAGAUGUUUUCUAAAGAAUCCAAAAUGCUACAAAGAAGUGUAUCAUUUUCAAAUAUGGCUUUAUCUUCGUGUUUACUUUUACCAGGAGAUGCCACUGUCAUAAGUUCUUCUUGGGAUAACAAUGUCUAUUUUUAUUCCAUAGCAUUUGGAAGAUGUCAAGACACACUAAUGGGACACGAUGAUGCUGUUAGUAAGAUCUGCUGGCAUGAUAAUAGGCUAUAUUCUGCAUCAUGGGACUCUACAGUGAAGGUGUGGUCUGGCGUUCCUGCAGAGAUGCUGGGCACCAAAAGACACCAGUUUGACUUGCUGGCUGAGCUGGAACAUGAAGUCAGUGUAGAUACAAUCAGUUUAAAUGCUGCAAGCACACUCUUAGUUUCAGGCACCAAAGAAGGCACUGUGAAUAUUUGGGACCUCACUACAGCCACUCUGUUGCACCAGAUUUCAUGCCAUUCAGGGACUGUAUGUGAUACUGCUUUCAGCCCAGAUAGCCGCCACAUCCUCAGCACAGGAGCAGAUGGCUGUCUAAAUGUGGUUGAUGUGCAGACAGGGAUGCUUAUCUCCUCCAUGACGUCAGACAAGCCCCAGAGGUGCUUUAUCUGGGAUGGAAAUUCUGUUUUAUCGGGAAGCCAGUCUGGCGAAUUGCUCGUUUGGGACCUCCUUGGAGCAAAAAUCAGUGAAAGAAUACAGGGCCACACAGGUGCUGUGACAUGCAUAUGGAUGAAUGAACAAUGUAGCAGUAUCAUCACAGGAGGGGAAGACAGACAAAUAAUGUUCUGGAAAUUGCAGUAUUAAGUGCCUUUUCCUCGCUCGAAUAUUUAAAAUUGAAUUUUUAUUUAAUGUAUUUUCAACCAAAGUUUUAAAGGAACUGGUGAAUGUGCACUGGUGAAUGUGCAAUGAUAGUAGUUAGAAUGUUUACCACAUGAAAAGUUGUGGUUUUAAACUUUCUAUAUCAUGGUGACUUCAUUGAAAGCCAUUCAUUGCCAUCCUAAGGCAGAAAAAAAAGGCAGUAGAUAGGGAACAUACAUUUGUAAGGCACAAUUUUCCCAGUGUAAUGAUGGUUAGAAGACUAGAUUGAGUGGCAGAGGAAGCAGAGACACUAAACUGCUCGAAACACAGAAAAGCAGUGAAGGGUUUAGAAUUUUUCCAAGAAAAUGUAGUGUCCUCUGCUGCUUCUGAGUCAGUCUUUUGUCUUCCUAAUCUACCAGAGUUGCUACCACUGGGUUCUUAGCUAUGUGUGUUUUCAUGGAGUGGUUACUUUCUAUAAUGCUGUACCCAGAUUCUAAGAACCUGGGGAAGGAUUAGCAGUUCUUAUUAUAGUAAGUUUACUGUGUAUAAGAAUAGUUUGUAUUUCAUUAAGCUAUUAAAUGCUCACCUUUUCUACAUUAAAAAU